AUGACAGUGGGAUCGAAGCGCUCAGUGUCCGUCACCACUGACCCCUGCGAUAACUCAGAUCACUUCAUCUUCAACGCUGAUGUUAUGAGAUAUCAUGACAAUCUCUUUAGCUCCUCUGAGCCAGUUCAGGGAGUCGGAGAGGAGACUCUUGCUCCUCUCAUGACCAGUUGCGCAUUCACGAAGGGUUCUCAAACUAGUCAAGAGAAAAAGACGGCCCAUCAGUUUGGCCUGUUAGCGAGAGCCAUAGAAGGAAGUCCCUCUGUCGUGAUCGAAGACCCUCGUGUGUUCUAUAAUAUUACUCCUCCCUCAAGCACAUUCAUAUGUGGUUCCCAGGGUUCCGGGAAGAGCCAUACAUUGUCUUGCAUAUUGGAAAGCUGCUUGAUUCCAUCCAAAGCCGGGCAGUUGCCAAAUCCCCUGACAGGGAUCGUAUUUCAUUACGAUACUUUCAUCAGUGACACGAUGGGAUCGCCUUGUGAAGCAGCCUUUUUAUCCUCACACCCCGAUAUUGAAGUGCGAGUCUUAUGUGCUCCAACAAAUCUCCAUGCCAUCAAGGGAGCCUAUUCGAGAUUAAAUAUCGCGGUAUCUGCUUUAGAGAUUGAUCAAAGAAAUCUCAAUACGAAGCGAAUGCUAGAUCUCAUGGCAGUGGGACAGGAUGAUGGCCCCAUGCCGCUCUACAUGCAUACCGUCAAACGUAUUCUCCGGGAAAUGCGUAUGGAGCAGCAGGCAGCGCAUACGGGAUUUGACUACCGUACCUUCAAGAACAAAGUACUAGACUCGAAUUUGACCCCUGCCCAGCUCGAGCCAUUGAAGCAACGGCUGGAGAUGUUAGAGAGUUUCAUGCCUCAGUUGCAGACUCUACCUAUUUCUGGCAAGAACAAAGCUGCCUCCGAAGGCAUUGACUGGAAGCCGAAGGCGCGCAGGUUAACGGUGGUAGAUUUGUCUUGUCCGUGCAUCUCUCCCGAAACCGCUUGUUCUCUAUUCAACAUCUGCUUGGGAAUAUUUUUGGAGCAAGAUCCAGGUAUUGGCAGAGUUGUAGCUCUGGACGAGGCCCAUAAGUACAUGAAUAGUUCUCUCGAGGCUCGAGGCUUCACUGAAACGCUUCUGUCCGCUGUCCGACUGCAGCGGCAUCUGGGGGUCCGAAUGAUCAUUUCUACCCAGGAACCCACGGUCUCCACAACCCUUUUGAAUCUUUGUUCAACUACCAUUGUGCAUCGGUUUACUUCCCCGGAAUGGCUGCAUAUUCUGCACAAACAUCUGGCAGGAGCGUUGAGAAGUCCCUUCGGUGGAUCGAAGACGGACAACCAUGACACGGAAGCGGUUUCACAACUUUCUCUUUUUGAGGAGAUCGUAAAUCUACAAGUGGGAGAGGCUAUAUUGUUCUCACCCAGUAUGGUUGUUAAAGCAAGCUCCUGCGACAGCAACGGGAAGGCCACAUUAUGUCGCCUCGGACAUGGCAAUCUCCGGGUGAGAAUCCGGCAGCGGCUUACACUUGACGGUGGGAAGAGUGUUCUCUCAAGGUGA